AUGUACUCAUUCGUGUAUAGAUUACCUAGUAGUUUUACCGCCACAAAAAAUAGCAGAUUCCUAUCAUUUACUGCCAAGAGAUGUACCGAUUGUGACUAUUCCAGGAUAUACGUAUGCAAUACAUGUCAUUUGCCCAUGAUAAACAUUACAUCCAUAACGCCAUUUAACCUUUUCAAAUUACCGUUGCAAUAUAUGAUAGAUAAAACUGCGCUCAGAGCGUCAUACUUACAGUACCAAAACAUCUUACAUCCGGAUAAGCACUCAGGCCUAACAAAAAAUGAUCUGAAACUCAUUACUAAUAGCUCUAGUUAUGUGAACGAAGCUUAUAAGCUUCUGCUGGACGAUAAAAAACGGGGGAUAGAAUUGUUAUCACAGCUCAAUCAGGACAUAAAGUUAGAUGACUGUAACGUUAUAGAUAUUUUUGAAAUACAUGAAUCAAUUGACUCGUUAAAAUCAAGUUCAGAAGUGCAAAAUUUUAAAAACAGAAUGAAUGAAAGGAUAGACGAAAUAGUUAGUGAUAUUAAUAGAUACUUUAUUGAGAAGAAUUACGACCAGGUACGAUCCAAACUAUCCAUGCUGGGGUACUUUAGUGCAAUCAGUGACAGGCUAGAUUGUCAUGAUUAA